UUUUAGAUGAGUUUGAGCGUAUGAGUUCCAAUCAACCUGUGGUGAGUGGCGUGAGGCCAAAUUUUGGACCCUACGAGACUCCGAUAGACAUCAGGGGCAACAAUUUGGGCUUCACGAGGGACGAUGUGAAAUCAGUGAAGAUAUGUGGAGUGGAGUGUAUAGCACAGGCUAAGUGGAUUAGUCAGACGCACAUCAAGUGCAUGAAUUUGGUGGUCACUGCUGAAGAGGUCACCGGAGAUAUCAUUGUGACCACUCAAUCUGGAGGGGAGGGCACAUCUGACGGUCCUCAAUUUACUGCCCACCCGCCCAAGGAUGGUAGUGGGUUGCAGUCGAAGUACUGGGAGGGCGAUGAUAAGUUCGUCAUCAGGUUCGGCCGGACUAAAGAGACUGUGGUUGAUACUCCUGUAGUGCAAAAAGAACGUGAUCUCCUAUGUCUAUACGAUGACCUCAAUAUGACCGAACGGUCAUCUAUCAGCCAGCUACAGAAAAUGUUGCCACAUGCUACUGAGAGUUCAGGUGAUGUUAAAAGCGAAGAUUUUGAUCCAGUGUUCUAUAUUCUGCAGAACCAUGCAAGUACGAAACUAGAGCAGUUGAAGCAAGGACAAACUCUUUUGAAUGGGUUGAUUGACAAGCAGCAGAAAGGACCAGUUGAACAUUUGAAGAAAAAUAUGAGCCAAAUUGUAGAAUGUAAUGACAUCAUUCAAAGUUUGUCGCGGCCUAUUAAAGACGACCAGUAUUUGACUUCGGACAAAAUGGCCAAGUUAUGUGAAAAUGUUAAAAAAGUAAAUCUGGAAACUCAAAACUUGUUCUCGGAUGUACUGCAAAGAAAAGACGAAAGUGACUCAAUGCGAAAUGCGCUCAAUGUGUUGAGCCGAUACAACUUUUUGUUCAGUUUGCCUAAAACUAUCCUGGCUAAUGUGGAUCUGGAUCGGUACGAUUUGAUUAUUAAAGAUUUUGAGCAUGCUACUGUUUUGUUGGAGCGAAACGACGAUCACCCUGUUUUCGAAACUUUGAAGCAUCAAAUUAAUGAGCAGAUCUCGAAAGUAAAGGAUCGUAUCAAUGAACAGCUCAUGGAUAUGCCAAAUUCCCUGGAUUUCCAGGUGCGAAUGGUUGAUUUCUUGGUUAAACUGGGCUUAAGUUCUAAAGAGGAUCCUGCCUGGCAAGCGAUUUUGAAAAUGGGCGAGCUUGUAGGAACGUUGUUGAACAAAUGCAGAGAAGCUUACUCUGAUUUCGAGAACAAUCGACUAACAGUCGAAAUUACUGUGAACGAUCCAAUCAAAAUAGUGUUCGUCAAAGAAAUCAGCGAACUCUUCAAAGUUAAUAUGAAACUUUUGCUAGAAAUGGGAGAGGCAUAUAGGUUAAGUGGGCGCACUAAAACAUCAAAAUCAAAUGCCAAAUACCCUCGGUACUACGCCGUGGGAUCAGAACCUGAAGCUUUGAUGAGAAAUUUGCCCGAAAAUCUUCAAACCUUUGUGUCCAUGUGUACAAAUAUGACGAGGUUGUUUAUCAAUCACGUGAACAAAGCGCUAGAUUCGACGUUUGAACUGGGAGAUCCCUGGGUCGAUGAGGGAGGCGAAGGUUCUAAUGAACACAUGAUGACGUUUGUGGGGGAGAUGCGAGGUGUGGUUGGCUUUUUCGGACAGUCGGGCACUCCUGGCGAAGUGUUGGAAGUGCUAGCGGCCCAGCUGAUCAGAAUGAGGAAGUACUGCUUUGUAAAGGUGCUACAGAAUGCGACUGCUCAAAUGGAAGAGUUCGAGGAAGCUUGGCAGUUCAAAAUAACUGACUCUGGCUUCGAGUCUGUAAGUCUUGCGAAGAUUGUCGAAUCAAUGCAGCAAUAUCUCGCAUUCAUCGAUCAGAUCAACACAGCGGUGGAUGAAAAUCUAGAGAGCAGUUUGUGGCAGUCAAUAUCGAGCGAAGAACGAGCUCAGUUUACUCAGCUACUCUGCCAGUUUUUCGCUCUGAUUGCAGAGAAAUAUUAUGCAAUAGUCAUGACUGAAGAUUUCAUGAGCGAAGCUUUCAUAACUCGAGUAAACGCUAAGUCCAACAUCACGACCGUUUCGUGUUUCUCGGCACUAAAAAUUGAAAUGAUUCUGAUAGUGAUUAUGAGAAAUGUAGCAGUUUUGUCGGCAUUCGCACAAGGCGAGUUUGCGAAAGAAAAUUAUCCGAAUCUACCGGUCAAAGAAAUUUCGGAUAUCUGCGUGACGCGGUACAGUGAGAUUUUCAUGUCAACUCGAGUGAUGUUUGCACAGAGCGCUUAUCAGUUGUUUCAGACCAUUGCUGUGGAAAAUAAUCUAUUGGAUGUUGCGAAGUCGAAUGAUUUUGAAGAUAUCGUUGACCAUGUUAAAAUAACAAAGCUAUGUCGCCUUUUCUUGCAUCACUUGGUUCGUGUUUUCGGCUACCUGAAGACAAUCCACCCUUCUUCUGUCAAGUCGCUUUUUGGCCUAGUUAUCGGACAGCUAGUUAAAAUUAUUCAAACGAACGGGCCUGAAUUAGCUAUCACGUAUGCGGACAUCGAAUUGGUCCGAAGAUUGCUUGCUAGCUACAUGGAGUUGAGUGAUGAUAAAAUUUUGGAGCAUAGUCUGAUGGAACUUAGCUUGUCAGAAGCUGAGAAACAGAAAUGUGACGUGGAAAUAAAUAGUUUUCUUGAUAGAAAUAGAUUUCAUUUUAUAUCCUUUUCUGGGUAAGCAUUGCCUAUUUAUAUAUUGUUGAAUUAGUUUUCUAUCAUCUAAUUGUAUCAUUUAUGGUUAGUAAUUUAAAAAGGUGCUAUCAAAAUAUAUUCCUGUUUGAAAAGAACGGGUAUUGUGAAAAGUUAUUGGAAUCA